AAAUCAGUUUGUGUGAAAAUCGCGCCGGAUACGGACACGUACGUGGAUUGCGGCGGAGAAUCCGGAAAAUCGUGUGGAGUGCCGGGGAAUCAUGACGAAAACAACUAAGCCUAAGGAAAAGGCGGCCGGGGGUGCGGUGGCGGCAUCGGCAUUGGGAUCGGGAUCGGGGGCCAAGGCGGGUGGCGGUAGUUUGCUAACGAAUGCGGCGGAUAGUAAGAUCCGUACGGCCAAGUCCAACAACAACAAGAGGCAGUCAGGACGAACAGCAACAGUGGCGGCAACAGCAACAGCCGCAGCAACUGCAAAUGCUGCAGCAACAGCAACAGGAUCAAAUGCAGCAACGAAAGAGACGGCAAUAGCGAUCGAAACGGAGAACGGCGAAGCAGCGACGCCGACUGAGGCAGCAACGCCCGCCGCAGCGAAUUUAUCGACACUUGAGUCCGCGCGCUCGCAGGCUCACACUUCAGUUGUCAGCGAAACAGCAAGGCAAGCGGUUAGUACAGAAAACGCGUCGGCGACAGCAACAUCAACAGCUUCAGCAUUAGCAAUACCAACAGUAACACCAAACGACACGGCGGCAACAUCUGCAGCAGCGAUCGAUGACGAUCCAAGUGCGAUAAAUAAUAAUAAUAAUAAUCAGCCGCAGAACGACGCGAGUGAAAGUGUUGAUAAUAAAAUCAAAGUGAUCAACUAUGCGCAUCAGUCUGAGGAUCAGCAACUUGAGCAGCAGCAUCAGCAGCAACAACAACAACAACAACAACAACAACAACAACAACAGCAACUGCAACACCACAACAACCAAAUCUACGAACAACAGCAACAGUUUCUCAGCCAGCAAUUGAUUAACCAACAUCAGCAGGAACAACAUCACCAACAUCAAGCCCAGCAGCAACAUCAAGCCAGUUGGCUGGCCUAUGACCUAACCAGCGGAUCAGCGGCAGCAGCAGCGGCGGCAGCAGCAGCCUCGCAUCAGUUUUUUGGACACUUUCAAUAUCCGGCCAGUCAUCCACCCGCCCAGCUCUACGAGCCAUACGCCAGCACGGAUUCCAUAAUGCGGAACACCUUUACGAUGUACAGCCUUUACCCCGGAGGCGCUGCAUGUCACGAACAAAUAGCUGCGGCGGCAGCAGCUGCAGCAGCGGCCCAAGGAACAACGUCGAACAUUGACGAGGUUAUCCAGGACACGCUAAAGGACGAGUGCUUCGAGGACGGUCACAGUAACAACUACCAUGUGCUGACCUCAGUUUCUGAUCUGCAACCUUUAAAGGACUCCAGUCAAUAUGCCAUCACCCACGAACAACUUCACCAACAGCAGCAGCAACUGCUGCAACAGCAACAACAACAACUUUACCACCAGCAACAGCAACAGCAUCACCAUCACCACAACAACUCAACCAGUUCAGCUGGCGGGGAUUCACCGUCGUCCUCACAUGCUCUAUCCACCCUGCAAAGCUUCACCCAGCUAACCAGCGCCACCCAACGUGAAAGCCUCUCGCCGGAGAACGACACCUAUUUCGGUGCCCCCCAGCUCAACGCCAGUUUGCAGAACAGCUCUGUUUAUGCUGGAUCGUUGCUCACCCAGACUGCCAAUGGGAUUCAGUACGGCAUGCAGUCGCCCAACCAGACGCAUGCCCACCUCCAGCAGCAGCACCACCAGCAACAGCAGCAGCAGCAGCAGCAUCAGCAACACCAGCAACAACAACUGCAGCAACAGCAGCAACACCAUCAUCAGCAUCACCACAACUCUAGCAGCAGCAGUCCGGGGCCAGUGGGUCUGCACCAUUCAAGUUCCUCGUCGGCCACAGCGGCGGCGGUGGUGGCAGCCACGGCAGCGGUCAAUGGACAUAAUAGCUCCUUGGAGGACGGCUAUGGAUCGCCGAGGAGUAGCCACAGUGGCGGUGGGGGCGGCGGCACUUUGCCAGCCUUCCAGAGGAUCGCCGGCAGCUAUGCCAGCGGCGUGGCCAAUGGCUCGGUCAGUGGCGCCGAACGUUACGCUCCGAUGACGAAUUACCGCGGUCAGAACGAAACCUGGUUCGAUCAAAUGAGUUACCUUCCCACUGCAUCUGGACAGCCUCAGUUGGGCGUCGGAGUUGGAGCUGGGGUGGUCACCAAUGUGAUACGGAAUGGAAGGGCCAUUUCGGCGGCAAAUGCAGCAGCCGCUGCGGCAGUAGAUGGAACCACAGGUCGCGUAGAUCCUGCCUACCUAUCCGCAUCGGCAUCGUUGACAGCAUUGGCCGCUGAAUCAGGCGGGGAUUUCUAUAAAACCAACUCAUUUAAUGUGGGCGGCGGUGGCCGUAGUAAGGCCAACACGACUGGUGCCGCCAGCUCGCAAGCCUACGGCUCCUGUCCAGGCUCAAAUGCAACCUCGGCGACUUCGGCGGUGGCGUCGGGAACGGCAGCGACUGCAGCGACGACGCUCGACGAGCAAGUUAGUCGCGCCAAUUCGAGACGCUUGAGCGCCUCGAAGCGAGUCGGACUAUCCUGCUCCAACUGCCUCACUAACCAUACAUCACUGUGGCGCCGCAACCCUCAGGGAGAUCCCGUCUGCAAUGCCUGCGGUCUGUACUAUAAGCUUCACAGCGUGCCACGACCGCUGACCAUGAAAAAGGACACCAUACAGAAACGCAAGCGCAAGCCAAAGGGAACAAAGAGCGAAAAGUCCAAGAAGUUGAAGAACGCUUUGAAUGCCACCCUCGAAAGCGGAUCGAUGGGCACCAGUUGCCACAAUGUUAGCCUGGGCAUGGACAGCAGCCAAAUGGAUGUGAAUGAAGAUUUGAAACCACAACUUGAUAUGAAACCAUACAACUCAUACCAGUACCAGCAGCAGUUGCUAAUGGCUGAUCAACACUCAUCGGCGGCAAGCUCGCCCCAUAGCAUGGGUUCCUCCUCAUUGUCGCCAUCAGCCACAUCACAUCAGCAUCAGACACAUCCACAUCAGCAGCACCACCAACAACAGCAGCAGCAGCAGCAGCAGCAGCUCUGCUCUGGACUGGACAUGUCGCCCAGCUCCAACUACCAACUGUCGCCCCUCAAUAUGCAGCAGCAGCAGCAGCAGCAACAACAUCAGCAGCAGCAGCAAUCUUGCAGCAUGCAGCACUCACCCAGCACGCCCACAUCCAUCUAUAACACUCCAUCGCCUACUCACCAGCUCCACAAUAACAACAAUAACAGCUCACUAUUCAACAACAACAACAACAACAACAACAAUAUUAGCAAUGAGAAUAACACAAAAAUUAUACAGAAAUAUCUGCAAGCUCAGCAACUGAGCAACAGCAGCAGCAGCGGCUCCACCAGCGACCACCAGUUGCUGGCCCACCUGCUACCGAGCCCGAUUACGGCGGUGGCAGCAGCAGCUGCGGCGGCAGCAGCGGCGGUGAUCAAGACGGAGGCCUUGUCGCUCACCUCCCAGGCCAAUUGCUCCACAGCGUCGGCGGGACUUAUGAUCACCUCAACACCGACCACGGCAUCGAGCACAUUAUCGUCUCUGACCCACAGCAACAUUAUUAGUCUGCAGAAUCCCUAUCAUCAGCUGGGUCUUGGCCAGUCUACAAGAGCUUCACCGCCAUAUUACUUAACGCCGGAAGAGGACGAGCAGCCUGCACUCAUUAAGAUGGAGCAAAUCGAUCAACCGCCACAGCAACAGCAGCAGGGGCAUCCACAUCAUCAACAUGGAGAGAUAAUGCUCAGCCGAUCGGCCUCGCUGGACGAGCACUACGAGCUGGCCGCCUUCCAAAGACACCAGCAGCAGCAACAACAACUUCAGCAGCAGCAGCAGACAGCUGCCUUGUUGGGCCAGCAUGAGCAGCAGCAUGUGGCCAACUAUGCCAUGCACAAGUUCGGAGUGGAUCGGGAAACGGUGGUGAAGAUGGAGUAGACGGGACACGCUGAGCAGUCGGCUGCUCCUGUUGCCAUGACCAAAGAUUCUGUUGUUACAUAAAUCUCAUAGCUCCAAAGAAUUUAUAGCCUGUAUACCAAGAGCCGUUCUCAAAGAACCCUCGACUAUCUAAACUCUAACGAAUCGAAUCAUUAGUUGUAAAUAAGUUUUAAGUCGAUUGACAUUUCCAUUAUUUUGGCGAAUCUAAAUGGGCCACUACUCGAAAUUUUGUUAUUCGCAAUUAGUUUAAUUAUUAGCAAAAUGCCAAAAGCAUAAAAUCAAUUCAGAUCCUAGGCUAUAAGAUUAUUCAUUUAAAUUUGUUAUCAAAUCGAAUUACCUUUUGAGAUUUCCAAUAAUCAAAUUCCAAUUAGUUAUUAGCUUAAUACUUUUAGGUAAGCCAGCAAACAAUGAUAAAAAGCAACAAAAAACAAUUCAAAUCGAUGUAACCAAUAAUCUCAUGCAAUUUAGUUAGUAAUUUAUAUAUUAUUUUUUAUAAAAUUAUCGAUAAAUAUUUAAAGCAAUUUAAGUUUUAGUUUCGUACAACUUUUUACAUCAUCUUUGCAAUAUUAAUUUUAUUUCUUUUGAGUGAAUAAAAGACAAUUGUCCCUGAAA